AUGCCCGCGGUCGACUUUCGCGACGCCUGCCUCGACAGCGAUUCCUCCGGAGACCUUGUUCCCGAGUCAGCGCCCGAGGCAGACGACGACGUUGAGCUGGUGCCGGUGCUUGUCCUGGAGUGGCCAGCGGCUACGCUCCUCUUCAUCUGUUCUGUGUAUGCUCUGAUCCUCUGUGGCGAUGGCGGCCCAUCCAUGGCAGGCUCCAUGGUUAACGUAGGGGAUACGCGCGCCGGGAAAUCCGUCAUCGAGGAUGUUGAUAUCGAGCCAGCAGGACUUCUAAUGGGUUUGUUGCUCUCCCCAAAGUGGGAGGUCGUGUGGAGAGACAUUUUCGUCGACUGA